CCUUUAUGGUGCUAGGGCCCCUCAAAUUUUAAAAACUGAUGGCCAUGCCUGCACUGCACUUAACCCUCUUCUGCUCUCUCCACGGACCACAGCACCAGCACUUGCAAAUAACUUGUCUUUUGCUUCUUCUGUCUGUCUCGCCUGCACUUCAAAACUAAGGAUCCGGAAAAGAAAAGAAAUCAAUAAAACAUCCUGAUAAUAACUCUUAGUUUAUGAGCCUACUAACAUAGGCAACCUUUUCUUUUCUUUCUCGGUUAGUUCUUGCCAGUGUUGCAAAUCAGAGCAUGUCAAGGUGUUUCAGUUUCACAGGGACCAAAAACUGGUGCUUCAGGUCCACUUUUACAAGAUCGGGGCUCCGAUCCGAUAUCACCGACCUCAAAGAUGGUACUGUAAUGCAUUGCUGGGUGCCAAAGACCCGAAAAGACUCCAAACCCGAUCUCCUAUUAAUCCACGGCCUUGGAGCCAACGCAUUAUGGCAAUGGGGUGACGUCAUCCAACACUUUGUUCCUUAUUUCAACGUCUACGUGCCGGACCUUGUGUUUUUCGGGGAUUCAUACACAACCCGGCCCGAGAGAACCGAGUCAUUCCAGGCCCAGUGCCUGAUGCGUGUCAUGGAGGCCCACUCGGUGCAGAAGUUUAGUCUAGUCGGGCUUAGUUAUGGUGGGUUUGUCGGGUAUAGUAUGGCAGCCCAGUUUGCGGAGGCCGUGGAGAGAGUGGUGAUAUGUUGCUCAGGGAUUUGUAUGGAAGAGAAGGACUUGAUUGAAGGGGUUUUUGCGGUAUCUGAUUUGGAGGAGGCUGGAAGGAUUCUGGUGCCACAGAGUCCUGAUAAGCUUAGAGAGUUGGUGGGUUACACGUUUUUCAGGCCACCUCCUGUGCGGUUGAUACCAUCUUGUUUCUUGGCUGAUUUCAUUGAUGCAAUGUGUGGAGAAUACGUGGAAGAAAAAAGAGAUUUGAUUCGAGCUGUUCCGAAAGACCGAAAACUCUCAGACAUUCCCAAGCUUACACAGCCAACUUUGAUAAUCUGGGGGGAGCAUGAUCGGGUUUUUCCUUUGGAAUUAGGACACAGAUUGAAGAGGCAUUUGGGGGAUAAAGCUCAUCUGACGAUAGUCAAUAACACAGGGCAUGCCUUCAAUGUAGAGAGGCCGAAGGAGUUCAUCAAGCUCUUGAAGGCGUUCCUGGUCGAUUUGCAGCCUCCUCCAGGCAGCCCAGUUUCCAUCCAGUCAAAAUUACAGAAUACUUGACUGGAGAUUCAAAACAUCAAUGCGAUUUGAGGGCUAACAGCACCAUUAAAUGGUGGAAUGGCGGUAGACAAUUUUUGGAGCUCUUUAACAUUCUUCAUCGCUUGUGUACUGCAAUGGUUUUCAUGCUAUCAACCAUCCACUUUUACGAGCUUAAAUAUCUUUAGUCUUGAUUUCUACUA